CUCUCUUGAAACCCCACCCUAGUCCUCUGCAGCUUCCCGGAGUUUUGCCCCAUCUCCCCCUCUUCCUGCUCCUAGGGGUUCCUCCACCCGGUCCUGCCUGUCUCCCUGGUCCGGUCUCCUCGCAGACCCCUCUCCGUUUCUCCCAAACCCCUCUCUACCAGGAUCACAGGAUUUGCUGCUGUCUCGGCUCUUCCAUCCUCCCCACAGGGGCUCUCCCCCCUCUCCCCUCAAGAUGGCAGCUAGCAGCUCUGAGGUCUCUGAGAUCAAGGGGGUCGAGGAGAGUCCCAAGACCCAGGGAGAAGGGUUUGGCCAUUCUGAAGCUGCAACUGGCCCUCUCCAGGUCUCAGACCAGCCAGAAGCCCCGCAGCCAGUCCCAGACACCACUGUGGCCCCAAUGGACUCGGGGUCCAAGGCUGGGCUGGCUCCAGACACCACAGAGACCCUUGCUAGGGCCCCAGAAACAGCCCAAGCUACAGAUCUUGGCUCAAGCCCAGGAGAGGAAUCCAAAGCCAGCUCCAGCCCCAAAAAAGCAUGCCAAGAGCCAGCGUCCAAACCAGAAGGGAACAAAGAGACCACUGCAGACCAGGGGUCUGAGCUGGAGCCUACAGCACCACCUGAGCCGGCCCCAGAAUCUGCUCCCCAGCCAGCCCCCCAGCCAGACCCCCAGCCAGACCCCCAGCCAGACUCCCAGCCAGACCCUCAGCCCAUUCCCAAUCCAGCCCUUCAGCCACAGCUCCCUACCCAGGAGGACCCCACCCCUGAGGUGGUGACGGAGAGUGUGGGAGAAAAGCAGGAGAAUGGGGCAGUGGUCCCCCUGCAGGCUGGCGAUGGGGAAGAGGGCCCAGCCCCCCAACCUCAUGUGUCACCCUCAACCAAAACCUCUUCGGCCAACGGGGCUCCCCCCCGAGUGCUGCAGCAGCUGGUUGAGGAGGACCGUCUAGGAAGGGCUCACAGUGGGCAUCCAGGAUCUCCCCGAGGUAGUCUGAGCCGCCACCCCAGCUCCCAGCUGGCAGGGCCUGGGGUGGAGGGGGGCGAAGGCACCCAGAAACCUCGGGACUACAUCAUCCUUGCCAUCCUGUCCUGCUUCUGCCCCAUGUGGCCUGUCAACAUCGUGGCCUUCGCUUAUGCCGUCAUGUCACGGAACAGCCUGCAGCAGGGGGACGUGGAUGGGGCCCAGCGUCUGGGCCGUGUGGCCAAGCUCUUAAGCAUCGUGGCACUGGUAGGGGGGGUCCUCAUCAUCAUCGCCUCCUGCGUCAUCAACUUAGGCGUGUAUAAGUGAGGGGCUCUGCCCUGCAUUCCAAGACUUUUCUUCCUGUUGGGAGCUGCCUUGGGUCCAUCCCUCCCCUGGGG